AUGAUCCAACAUGUUCACCGCCUAAAGGAUUCGAAGACCCUUGGAUAUGCACUCAUACAGUUCCCCCAUUUGAUUCGUCAUCGACAUCUCCUCAUGCAGAAAGGUGCUAUACCCUUCCUCGAGGGUCUCCUCAAGUCAUGGUACACUGCUCCAUGGUCGUUUCUCAAUGACGACAAUCGUCAAGGCGUGUUUUCCACAAUUCGUGCUCUGGCAUUGCUAGUAUCCGAGUUCGAAGUGGACGGUGACGACAGCAUGGCCUCCCGCGUCCGUGAAGGGGUAGCCUUGGAUCAUACACCAUUCCUCCCCUUCAAGCGUGGCAAGGAUUUUGGGCCCGUGACGUUCUCGUUGGAUACGCACAAGAUUCUGAUAUCUCUACUAGCCGCCGGCCCUGGCGAGGUCCCUCUUUCACUGGUCGGGUUUUGUCUUCGUCUUUCCACUCAGUUCAGCGAGAUGGACCGUAUCGGCCGGGGAGUCUACGGCCGUGUCGAAGAGUUCCUCUCUGAUGUCGUCACCAACCCGCUCGCAGCAAUGAAGACAUUCGCCCAAGUCCUCGAUACGGUCAACACUGUCCUCUUCCUCGCUUUCUUUGAAACCGCACAUCCACUGGUGCAUGUAUCAUCGCCCCUCCUCCGACCACGGAACACAAGAUAUUGGUUCACAAUGCUUCUCAACGUCAUGAAGCACGUGCCCAUGGAUAGUGAGGCCCUGCGACAGUUAUGUUGGGGACUCUGUGCCUUAUCCUGGGCAAGGUCACCGCAAGCUAACGGUGUUGUCAUUCGGCCCAUGAUUCCACGACUUGACAUGCGGCACAAUGUUGCUCGUUCACUAGCAGAGCUCUUGUCGUGCGACCAGGAUCCAGGGGUGCUCAAAGACGCCUUAUCCGCGAUUGAACACAUUUUAUGGCAUCUGGAACCCUCGGCCGCGCCUUUACACCGGACACUUUGCAACGCUCUUCAUUGGUCGUAUCCACACUUCGUCGCCGAGGCAUACAAGAGGUUCGUCAAACGACGCUUGCCGAUGUCGAUGAUCGCGGACCUUAUCGGCCCCAUGACACGGAUCUCCGCCUUCCUCUCCUUUUUCGACCGUGGUUCCAAAAUGGCAAGCGGUCCUCGCAACUCCAGGAUUCAGCUCACAAGUACCGUCCUCAGCAUCAUGCUCCACUUCAUA